UAUUACCCGGGUAAACCUAUACCGUAGUUCAGGCGUUCCCAUAUCAAAAAUAAUUUUUGUAGUAUUGAGUGUACAAGAAAAUGUCAAAAUGGAUAUCGAACAUGGCGUUUAUUUAGUGUUUUCGUGUGUUUCUAAAUACUUUAAACUUUAAUAAGUAGAUUAAGUGAGUGUACAACAAUGUUGCAUAAUACGGGACAGUUUGGAAGCGAUGUUCCUAUGAAUGUAAACGCUCAAAAUAUGACAUCGAUAAAUGAAAGAAUGAACAUUGAUAAUAAUUUAGCUAAAAUAUCCCAUCCAGUGCCGCAGUCAUCACCACAUUUUAAUAUACCAGAUUACGGAACCUAUGGACUUAACAUGAACGCUAAUUUGAGUCACUAUCAGAACUUUCAUCCUAUUGGAUUCCAGCCCAGCAACGUACCCAAUCCUAUGCACAAUAGUUGGCCAAGUAACAUGUUACCGAUGAACUUGAAUAUGCACAGCGAUCAGCACAUGCUUGGUUACCAGUACGGUAAGCCCGAAACCCUUAGCGAUCAUAAAGAUCUUAAUUUGAACAAAAAUUUGUCCAUACCACAGGUGCAAACGAAAGCUUUUCAUAAACAAAUGGGCAUGGAUGGGAAUUAUCCGAGCUUCAAGCCUCAUUUUAGACAAUACGCUGAUUACAACUUACAUUUAAAUGCAAAAACAAAGCCAGAGGUACAUAAAAUGGAUGUCACACCGGAAUUAGAUAAAGAUAUAGUGUCACCACAUCCUUAUUAUGAACAAAAUUUAGAUUUAAGUAAUAAAUCUCAGAAAAUAUAUUCCAGUCCAUAUCAGAGCACAGUCAGUACGGAGUUCAAUUUGUCAAGUGAUAAGAAUGAAAAUGGAAGGAAUGCGGGUAGUCAGGAUUUAAGCACAAAAAUACAAAAAUAUAACACAGUCCUUCAAAAACCACCUACUACGUACCAAGAACAGAGAGACCCUACACCUCCAAAGAGCACUGAACGUAACUAUCCUGACAAUCUCAGUGUUUCCAAACCUCAAAAUGUAGAACAGAAUUUGACCACCAAUUACCAUUUUCCAAGUUCAGAUAUCGGUAACCGAUUUUUAAAAGAUCAAGAUUCAAGACGACGAAGCCUGGAAAAUACAGUUAAAAUGAUAGAAAACAUACUAUCUCAUUCGUCAAAUGCAAGAAAAACUGACUAUUAUAGCCAAGACGAUUCAAUGGACACUGAUGCUUCUAACAAAAAUAAAUCAAACUCAAAAGAACCGGAAAUCGUUUCAAAUAGUAAUCAAAUGGACAGCAAACCAAACACACCGUCACCUUCAGAAUGCUCUAACAAUGAAACAAGUCAAGAAAGUACCAAUAUAAGUGAUGAUGUAGAUGAUGAUGUUCCCAAAAACGAUGAUGAGAAUAAGGAUAACAGAACAUCAGAAACUAAUGAAAUUACGAACAACGAUAACGCUUCCCAGAGCAAUAGUGAAGAUUCAUCAGACUGUGAUAUAAAGCCUCCAAUAAAAGAAAUAACUUUGAAACCAGAAAAUGACGUUCAAAUAGAUAACUCGGUCGUUAUCAAAGUAGAAAUCUUUCCGAGUAUAGUCGAUAUGGAAUAUCUAAAUCCGUUUCACAGAGACAUAUUCGGUGUUCAGAAUGAGGACGUAGCAAAUAAUGAUGUUAUCGACUCGGAAAAUAGUAUAAAUGUCGCCAAAGAAGUUAUUAGAAAUGGAGCGUCAGUGGAAGGAGCAUAUUUCGAAUGCCCGCACUGCAAUCUAUAUUUUAAUCACCCAAAACGAUUCUUAAUACACGCAAAGUGGCACUCAUUCGGUCUGACGAAUGAAAAGAGACUGGAGUUACAAAAGGAGAAAGAGAUGAGGAAGAGUAUGAAGAAGGAAGCAAGAGUCGUGGAGCGUAUGAACCAGAGUGAGGUGACGGAGGAUACUCCGGGGAGGAAGUUCAGUUGUAAAGAGUGCGAUAAGGUGUUCAACUCUAAGGCUAGUCUGAAGAACCACAGACAAAGGUAUCACCCGACACGCGCCAGAGAGUGUAAGAUAUGUGGCAAGACUGUACUAGGCUGGAUGGCUCUGAGAGCUCACCUAGCCACACAUACAAGCGAAUCCGGUUACCAGUGCAGCGAUUGCCCUAAGAGAUUCAAGCAUCCACAUUCGCUUGCUAAGCAUAGGGAUACUCAUUUGGAGAAAACCCACGCGUGCGCCCAAUGCCCCAAGAAGUUUGGUUCGGCUGCCUUACUGAAUGUUCACAUGAAGACCCACGAACGUGUGCUGAGGGGGGCCACAUUCAGGUGUACCUACUGCGCGAAGGGAUUCUUCGAGUCCUACAGCUUACAGGUUCACGAGCGCACUCACCGCAACGAGAGACCGUACCAUUGUGAGAUAUGCAACACUAGCUUUGGUACAAACUCAAGUCUAAAGAGACAUGUGAAAGUGUCACACAACAAUUCCAAGCCCUUCGAAUGCUCGACCUGUCACCGUUGCUUUAUAUCCGAAGCCAUCAGAGACAGACACGAAAUAAGAAACCACGGUAACCCCGAGGACUUCAAGUUUCUCUGCAAGCAGUGUCCGUGUAAAUAUCUUAAAUUGAAAGAUUUAAGGAAGCACAUGUACAAGUCACAUCCGAAAGGCAAGAGGAAGAAAAAAGUUGAAUCUGACAGCGAGUGA